AUGCUUGCGACUCCGCCAUGCCCUGCGCCUGGCGUCAGCGCCAUCCCUCUGCCUCAGUUGAAGCGCAAGCGCUCAGAUUCUACAGAUAUGACGCCUGAUCAGGAUGCUCCGGUCGCGACCAAGCUGCGCUCAGAGAACGCGCCGUGCGGCUCUGUCGCCAUCAAGCAGGAUAUCUCGUCAGCCGCCACCAACACGGAUAUUGUGUCAUUCGAAGCGCCCAACAGUCUUCCGAUAAAUUCGCCGCCCGAGACGUCGCAGUCGUCGCCGCCCCCUCCUCCAAGUCAGGGCGCAUCUGAACCUCCUGCGGUAACCAAGAACACCGGCUCACAAAAGGUGGAUGUGGACACGCUGCGUGAAACGCUUGAAGCGCAACUGAGCUUGGAGGUGUUGUUAAAACACAACGAACUUCGGUUGAUCGACCAGGAAAUCGCAAAGUGUCAGGUCGCGUUGGAGCAACUGCGCCGAUGCGCAGAGAUCCCUUACCCGGGUUCGAAUGUGGCGGGUUAUUCGCCAGCGGUCAGCGGCGGAACGGGCAUGGCAGUGUGGGCUCCUGAAAAUGGGUCUGCGCCAUUGUCUCCAGCACCCUGGGGUGUCACUGACGGCCCGUACACUCGCCAUCUUGCAAGAUGGCUAAUCCCAGAUCCUCGUUUUGAUGGCGGUGAACCUGAACCUGCUACGCCUAUGACUGGCGGCCUUGCUAGUCCAUGGACUGAAGGACGCUCGACUCGUGGAAGCUGUGGGGAUCUGGGGUACGUUGCUAGUAAGACGCGACCGCAACGAGGCACAGGUGGGAGACUGCAGUCUCUACCCAACGGCUACCCGCAACCAAAGGACAAGACUGGGCCAAUGCUCAUCCGACGAAAAUCGGAUAAUCUACUCGUCAAGCUCGUGUGUCUGGAUUGUCGCCGGGACAAUUUCUCUAGCACGCAGGGAUUCAUUAAUCAUUGCCGUAUCGCGCACAGCCGAAACUACGCAAGCCAUGAAGCGGCGGCAGUUGAGUCGGGCGAACCUGUGGAAGUGGACGAGGCUGGCGCAGUAAUAGGCGGCAAAAUUGAAACUUCCAGCCCGGCCACAGCUGGUUUCAUUCAUCCGUUGAUUCGGUCGGCGCAUGUCAUUGAGCCGCUUCCCAAGACGCCUACACCUGUAUCCGACGCCACUGUGACUCCUCGAAAACGAUUGAGCCCUGUUCGACAGACUCCCUCCGGAGUGGAGACGCCUCGAGCAUCUAGCGCUGAUCAAAAGACAACGCCCGCUACGGAAGGCAAUGGUCCAUUCAUGUCUUCCCCUGCGACUCCUCAUUUGUCGAAUCUGAUGAAGCUUCGGGGCGUUGCGGUUGACCUAGAACAACUGGUCGGAGAUGCCAAGACUGUGGUAGACUUGAAUGACUAUUCUGAUGAUGACGAUGGCGAGUCAGACUUAGGGUCCGUGCAACCUUCGGCGGAGAUGAGUCAGGAUCAGACACCGCUGGGAGCCCGUGCGGGCAGGCAACCGAUGCGCACGACAGCCUCGCAGGCGACAAGCCGGCGCCCCGGUAGCCGCAAGGGACUGGAUUUCCUUGAUCACAGGCCUCCACCCCUGCAUACCUCAACACCCACCCGGCCUAAUGAUUACCAGUCGCCGUAUCCUUCCAUGUCUUGUCUUCCCCAGGGCUCGCAGAGUGGAGCUCUGCGAGAACUGGAAGGGACAGAACAAGCCUCGAAUCUCAGUCCGAAUACAGCCGAGUCAAAUCAAGCCCCGAGUCUCGUGAGUGAUGACGAUGAUUACGGGGAUGUGUCGGAUUCGGAUCCGGGGCCUAGUUCGUCUGAAGCAGGUGAUCAUGACGAAGACCUGGGCCAUAUUGAUGUCGAAGAUGGCGACGAGAAUAGCGCGCGAUCGGCUGCUGCGACUCCGGCGAAGUCAGAUAUAGGGAUGGCAAGCACGGGGACACCCCGGGCACCACCAUUAUCGAAGUCGCUGCGACGUGGCAGCAUCAAAAAGAAAGACCGACUCAUGGCGCCAUCAGUGGUUCCAUCACGCGGUAAGGAAGAGAAGCGGGUGAGCUUUGUUAACCCCGACUCGAAACCUGCCAAGGGGGGGAUCGAAACCUUGCAAUCCCUUCUAGCGAGAUACCCAUCCACCGUGGAAUCCACCACGCGGCGCAAAGCCACCACCACCACCGAGAAGAAAUCCGCCGCCAGCAGCAGACCCAAAAGCAAAUCCGCAUCCAAGGAUCUUACUUCGACCCUCACCGUAACAGAGGACCCCGAUGAUGCGCCGGCAGCCGUGAAAACCUACCUCGCCCUCGACGAGUUCCGCUACACGACCCUCCCACAUGCAGUCCGUCAACGCGCCUCGACCACUACCGGGGAUGAUGGGGAAGGGAGGGCGUAUCUCGAGAAGGAGGAAUUGGUGCGUCUGGUCGAGUGGAAGAUGAAACACGGGAAAUUCCGCCCCGCAUUACUGGGGAUGAUCCGCUCGAAUUCCGAAAGCCUGGUGCGGGAAGCGACGGGGGAGGCAUUUCAAUUGCUGCGCACUGCAGAACUGCGGGAGAUGUUUCCGGGGACGGCGUUGGAGAAGGUGACGGGGCCGUUGAGGGGGGUGGGGCCUGCGACGGGGAGUUUGGUAUUGUCUGUUUUGUCCUCGGGUUUGCCGUCUGAUGGUGAGGUUGAUGGGGUGCCGUUUUAUAGUGAUGAUGUGUUUCUGUGGUUGUGUUGGGGGGUUUUCCCUGGGGGCGAUCCGGAAAGGGUGGGGAAGGCGUUUAAGCCUGGGAAGAGCGGGGAGUUGAAUGUUAAGUAUAAUGUUGGGGAGUAUCGUGAGUUGUGGGAUGCGGUGCGGAGGCUGAGGGGGAGGUUGGGGGAGGGGGUUGGGUAUCUGGAGAUUGAGAAGGUGGCGUUUGUGGUGAGGUUUGGAAUUGGGAGUGAGGAUGGGAUGGAGAGGGUGGUGGUGGAGGAGAAGGAGGAGGAGAAGGGGGAGGAGGGAAUCGAUCUUCAAGACAUCCGGGGGAAGAGGAAGCGUGGGAAGAUUGAACAGGAGGAUGAAAAGGUGGAGAGGGAGCAAAAGGUUGGUGUGAGGAGAAGUACCAGAAGGAGAGGAGGAAAGUAG